AUGAAAAGGGUUUUUUCAGGAAUUCAGCCAACAGGAAUUAUCCACAUAGGAAAUUAUUUGGGAGCUGUAAAAAAUUGGGUGGCCCUGCAAGAGCAGUAUGAUUCUUUAUUCUCCGUUGUAGACAUGCACGCAAUCACAUCUUCUUAUUUCCAAGUAGGCUCAGGGACACAUAUUGCAGAACAGCUUAAAGAGUCAACUAAAAUAACUGCUGCAACUUUGCUGGCGUGCGGGGUUAAAAAUAUUUUUAUUCAAAGCCAAGUUCCAGAGCACGCUUAUUUGAUGUGGAUUUUCAGCUGCAUUUCUCCUAUGUCUUGGUUUCAAAUCAUGACACAGUUCAAAGAAAAAAAGUCAGCUUUAAACGGAGCAAGCCUAGGACUUUUUGCAUAUCCAGCUUUGAUGGCAGCUGAUAUUUUGCUAUAUAAAGCAGAAUUAGUCCCUGUAGGAGACGACCAAACACAGCACCUUGAGCUUGCAAGAAAUGUCGCAUCUCGGUAUAAUGGGCUUUUUGGUGAUUUUUUUCCACUCCCACAGCCUCUUUAUAGUAAGUUCUAUCUUUAGCCACUGGGACAAGAAUUAUGAGUUUAAGAGACGCUACUACAAAAAUGAGCAAAUCAGCGAAAUCUGAGAUGUCGAGGGUAAAUUUAUUGGACUCGCCUGAUGAGAUCCGCAAUAAAUUUAUUAAAGCGAAAACAGACUCUGAAGGAACUGUCAAAUAUGACCUUACAAGAAUAGAAGUAGCGAAUUUGUUCCAUAUCUUGUCAGAGUUCACUGGAAAAAAGCCUGAAAUGCUUGAAGCUGAGUAUAGAUGGGGCGACUCUUUGGCGUUUAAACAGACAAUUGCUGAAGUCGUUAUUGAAAAGCUGAGGCCAAUAAGAGAAAAAACAGAAGAACUUAUGAAAGGUGAUAAUUUGUUUGAGGAUUUAGAGAAAGGAAGGCAAAAGGCUGGGGAAUUGGCAAGUUUGCAUAUAAAAGAAAUUAAAAAAACAGUAGGAUUCACAGUUUAA